AAGUGAGACAUGGACAAAACGAAUAGAGUUACCUGUAGUACUACUUAUACGUUCGGUUCGUGAGGUUCCUUUGUCCUGUUUGUUUUUAUCGUUUCACAGUUGAUUUGGAUAAUUUGUGUACUCAUCGUUAAUAUACCAUAGUUAUGAAAAUAAUGAAAAAAUAUAGUUCAACACACACCACGCACGAUAGCAACAUUAAGUCGAUUUGUGUCAUAGCCGAAGCAUAUUCUUAACCAUAACAAUCAGUUCUCCAGGGACGGCUUUUAACAGUCUGUACAUCUAGUCAACCAUUUCCUAUCAUAAUCAUGAGUUCUACAGACCGCUCAAUAUCAUCUGGAUUUCCAAUACCACAGUGGAUGAAAUCUAAAAUUAAUGACAGAUACGAUUUAGACCAACCAUCAUUUUCUCCAGCAGGAACAGAUGACAGCUUCUUUUUAGUUCGCUAUUUAAAACAAGAUACAGUUAACGAAAAACAAAGUGGCACUUCGAUUAAAAAUAAAACAUCUGAAGAUAAUUCAUCAGAAAAACCUAUUCAACAUUUAAACAAAAUGCCUCCAGCAUUAAUUGUUUCAGACCAACCAGAAUAUAAAGGUCAUACUCUUGCUUGUCAACGUUUCAUUACAAAUGCUUGUGGUGAUGCAGUAGCAGCAGCAAGCUUAGGGGUAAAUUUAAUUGACCCUCCAAAAUCAUUGGGAGUUGAUGAUGGUUUUAAAAGUGGAGCUUCUGAAUGCGGUAAAUCUAUCGUAGCAAUGGCACAUCAAAUGGUAUCGGGACAUAGAGUUUACAAAGGACGUUCCUCAGGUCCUCAAGAGUUACUUGUUGUUGGGCCACCACAAUCUAUGUUAUCAAAAAGACGGAACAGUAAAUCACUCCCUGCGAGUCCUCUGAGUUCACCUCCCGGAUCACCACGAGCAUCUCGUAAAAACCCUUAUUUCACAGCGCCGUUCCAAGAAGAAUCAGGAGAUAAACAUGGAUCAUCAUGGAUAUUAUCAAAUUUAUUUUCACACCGAGCUGAUUCACAAGAAGAAUUAUCUGAUAAAGAAUCUAAAAGACUCUCCAAACCAUCUUCUUCCAGCAAUUUAUACAUAAAACCCAAACCUACAGAACUGAGAGAGAUGAACUUUUGGUCACCUACGUCAAUGUAAAAAUGUAAGCUCAUCCAAUAUUACCCAUUGCAAAAUGAUUAUCUGCACUAUUGUUUUUAUCAUAAUUUUUUUAUCAUUAGCAUAAUUUAAUAUUUAUCCUUAUUUUUCCUUAUAAUCUCAUUAACUUUGUAUCUGUAAAAAUAAUUUUUAUUUUUAAGUAUUGUUAUUUUUGCUUUUUUUUAUCAUUUUAUAAUAUUAUUAAGUACCAUAAUAAUUAUAACACGAAGACAAUACAUUGUAU